AGGAGUGGGAACACGUUACCUGUAUGAAGACGGUGUCGCUGCGCUCCGAGGAGACGGUGUCGGGCCUCAAGGGUUACGUGGCCGUGGGCACCUGCCUGAUGCAGGGCGAGGAGGUCACCUGUCGGGGCCGGAUCCUGAUCCUGGACGUGAUCGAGGUGGUUCCAGAGCCGGGGCAGCCGCUCACCAAGAACAAGUUCAAGGUGCUCUACGAGAAGGAGCAGAAGGGACCGGUGACAGCCCUGUGCCAUUGCCAUGGUUACCUGGUGUCCGCCAUCGGCCAGAAGAUCUUCCUGUGGAGCCUGAAGGACAACGAGCUGACGGGGAUGGCGUUCAUCGACACGCAGCUCUACAUCCACCAGAUGAUCAGCGUCAAGAGCUUCAUCCUGGCCGCCGACCUGAUGAAGAGCAUCUCGCUGCUGCGCUACCAGGAGGAGAGCAAGACGCUGUCCCUCGUCAGCCGGGUGAGUGACAGUGACAGUGACAGUGACAAUGGAGAGCGAGACGCUGUCCCUCGUCAGCCGGGUGAGUGACAGUGACAGUGACAGUGACAAUGGAGAGCGAGACGCUGUCCCUCGUCAGCCGGGUGAGUGACAGUGACAGUGACAGUGACAGUGACAAUGGAGAGCGAGACGCUGUCCCUCGUCAGCCGGGUGAGUGACAGUGACAGUGACAGGGACAAUGACAAUGGAGAG